GAUUGCGUCGAAAUUAUUUAUUUAUUGGAAUUGGAAGCUGCUUUAAUAUAUUCACCGAAUGUUCUUUUAUUAUUCUUCUUAAAACUACAAUGACAAACCACAGCCAUCCGAUCGUUCAAAUCUCAUCGUGAUUCGCAGCCAUACCAAGUUGUUUUCUGGAAUGUUCCAAAAUCCCGCUCAAAAGUUUCAAAUUCAAAAAAUCCUAGCCCCUUUCCCUAAUUAGAUCCCCUCAAGCCCCCAACGUCUCUCUGCUAUUCAAAUCCCAAAAAAAAAAAAAAAAAAGCCAAAAAAUCCCAAAUCCCCCAUGGUUGCAGAUUCGAAGCUCCCGCUGCAAAGCAGCAACAACGCGAACAUGAAAGCUUCCAAAACCAUCGAAGAAACCUACCAAAAGAAAACCCAAUUAGAACACAUCCUACUUCGACCCGACACUUACAUCGGCUCAAUCGAGCAACACACUCAGCGGCUCUGGGUUUACGAAAACGACGAGAUGGUUCACCGUGACAUUAAAUACGUUCCAGGGCUUUACAAAAUCUUUGACGAGAUCUUGGUUAACGCCGCCGAUAACAAGCAACGGGAUCCGUCAAUGGAUUCCGUUAAAGUAGUGAUUGACGUGGAACAGAAUUUGAUUUCCGUUUAUAAUAACGGAGAUGGAGUUCCCGUGGAGAUUCAUCAGGAAGAAAGGGUUUAUGUUCCGGAGUUGAUUUUUGGGCAUUUGUUGACCAGUAGUAAUUACGACGAUACUGUUAAAAAGACUACCGGAGGAAGAAAUGGGUACGGUGCUAAGCUUACCAAUAUCUUUUCAACCGAGUUUGUUAUCGAAACGGCUGAUGGGAAACGGCAGAAGAAGUAUAAGCAGGUGUUUUCAAACAACAUGGGAAAGAAAUCUGAGCCUGUUAUAACCAAAUGUAAGGAGGGUGAGAACUGGACAAAGGUUACAUUUAAACCUGAUCAAUUGGAGGAUGAUGUGGUUGCGUUGAUGACCAAGAGGGUGUUUGAUUUAGCUGGUUGUCUUGGCAAGACUGUGAAGGUGGAGUUGAAUGGGAAGCGCAUUCCUGUGAAAUCAUUUCUUGAUUAUGUCAACCUUUACCUUAGUGCUGCCUCUAAAACUAAGGAUCAACCUCUCCCAAGGACUAUUGAGAAAGUUAAUGCAAGAUGGGAAGUUUGUGUGAGUCUCAGCGAAGGGCAGUUUCAACAGGUCAGCUUUGUUAAUGGGAUAGCUACGAUUAAGGGUGGAACCCAUGUUGACUAUGUCACUAAUCAGAUAUCUAAUUAUGUGAUGAAUGUUGUAAAUAAGAAGAACAAGAAUGCUAAUAUCAAAGCACAUAAUGUGAAGAACCAUCUGUGGGUUUUUGUCAAUGCUCUUAUUGACAACCCUGCUUUUGAUUCUCAAACCAAGGAAACUUUGACACUUCGUCAGAGCAGUUUCGGCUCUAAAUGUGAGCUUUCAGAAGAUUUUUUGAAGAAAGUUGCAAAGUCUGGAGUUGUGGAUAGUUUGCUGUCAUGGGCAGAAUACAAGCAUAACAAAGAUCUUAAGAAGACUGAUGGAGCUAAGUCAGGAAGUAUUCGUGGGAUCCCCAAGCUAGAUGAUGCUAAUGAAGCAGGAGGGAAGAAUUCAGAUAAAUGCACUUUGAUUUUGACAGAAGGAGAUUCCGCAAAAACUCUUGCAGUGGCUGGGCUUUCUGUUGUAGGCCGAAAUCACUAUGGUGUCUACCCAUUGAGGGGUAAACUUCUCAAUGUGAGGGAAGCAAGCCAUAAACAAUUAAUGGAUAAUGCAGAAAUACAAAAUCGCAAGCGGAUUCUUGGAUUGCAGCAGGGCAAGGAGUAUUCUAAUGUCAAGUCUUUGAGAUAAGGGCAUUUGAUGAUAAUGACUGAUCAGGAUCAUGAUGGUUCCCAUAUUAAAGGUCUUCUGAUUAAUUUUAUUCAUUCCUUCUGGCCAUCGCUGCUAAAAAUUCCAUCUUUCAUGGUUGAGUUUAUAACUCCUAUUGUGAAGGCUACUCACAAAAAUAAGGAAAAGUUAUCCUUUUAUACCAUGCCUGAAUAUGAGUCUUGGAAGGAAAGUUUGGGGGCUAAUGCAAAAGAUUGGUCAAUUAAGUACUAUAAGGGGUUGGGAACAAGCACAGCAGCAGAAGGGAAGGAUUACUUUAGAGAUCUUGACAAGCACAAGAAAGAAUUUCGCUGGGAAGGUGACCAGGAUGGGGAUGCAAUAGAGCUUGCAUUUAGUAAGAAGAAGAUAGAAGCAAGGAAGAAUUGGCUGCGGCAGUUAGAGCCUGGCACGCACCUUGAUCACAAUCAGAAGCUCAUCAAAUAUAGUGACUUCAUUAAUAAGGAACUUAUUCUGUUUUCCAUGGCUGAUCUUCAAAGGUCAAUUCCUUCAAUGGUUGAUGGCUUGAAGCCUGGUCAAAGGAAGAUCCUUUUCUGUUCUUUCAAGAGGAAUUUUGUAAAAGAAGCGAAGGUUGCUCAAUUUUCAGGUUAUGUUUCCGAGCAUUCUGCUUACAAUCAUGGUGAGCAGAGUCUUUCUAGUACCAUUGUUGGAAUGGCACAAGAUUUUGUGGGCAGUAACAACAUAAACCUUCUCCAUCCAGGUGGUCAAUUUGGCACUCGUAACCAGGGUGGCAACGAUGCUGCAAGUGCUAGGUACAUUUUUACCAAUCUUUCUCCCAUUACUAGGUAUUUGUUCCCCAUGGAUGACGAUGGCCUACUCGACUACUUGAAUGAAGAUGGUCAAUCCAUUGAACCAACCUGGUAUGUGCCCAUUAUACCAAUGGUUCUUGUUAAUGGAAGUGAAGGAAUUGGGACAGGAUGGAGCUCUUACAUUCCAAACUAUAACCCAAGAGAUAUAGUUGCAAAUGUGAGGCGCUUAUUGAAUGGUGAACGAAUGGAGCCCAUGCAUCCAUGGUAUAGAGGAUUUAAAGGAACUAUUGAGAACACUGCAUCAAAGGAAGCUGGUGUUACCUACACUGUUGCUGGAAUUAUAGAGGAGGUUGAUGAGACCACACUCAGAAUAACAGAACUACCAAUCCGUAGAUGGACUCAAGAUUACAAGGAUUUUUUGGAAUCUAUCAUAACGGGAAAUGACCCUUUUAUUAAGGAAUUUAGACAAUACAGUGAUGAUACAACUGUAGAGUUUGAAGUUACCUUGACCGAGGAGAACAUGAUGAUGGCCAAGCAAGAGGGUUUGCUUAAGAAGUUUAAGCUAACAACAACAAUUAGCACAAGUAACAUGCACCUGUUUGAUUCUAGAGGAAUGAUUAAGAAGUAUGACACCCCAGAGGAAAUCCUUGAGGAAUUUUUUCACUUAAGACUUGAAUUUUAUGAUAAAAGAAGGAAACUUCUGUUGUACAAUCUUGAAAUGGAGUUGUUGAAAAUGGAAAACAAAGUUAGGUUUAUCCUUGGAGUUGUAAAGGGGGAAAUCGUUGUGAAUAACAGGAAGAGAGCUGACCUCUUCGUUGAGCUGCAAGAGAAAGGUUUUACUCCUUUUCCAAAGAAGUCUAAGACUGUUGAAGUUGCUGUGGCCGGUGCUACUGAUGAUACAGAGGAAACUGAGAACUCUGAUGCUAGCGCCAAAGGAGUAAUGGGUGGUGAUUAUGACUAUCUAUUGUCCAUGGCAAUCGGAACUCUGACACUUGAGAAGGUCAAUGAGCUUUGCUCUGAUAGGGAUAAAAUCCAGCAGGAUGUUGAAGAUUUGAAGAAAGCCACUCCCAAGUCUUUAUGGCUAAAAGAUCUUGAUGAUCUUGAGAUACAACUUGAUGUGCUCGAUAAAGCUGCUCAGGCAGAGGAAGCAGGAAAAGUAGUUAAAGGCAGAGCAAAGGGUGAAGCUGGCAAGAGGGCUCAGAGACAACCAACUAAAAACUCACGGAAGAUAAAUAAGAAAGACAACAAUGCAAAAGUUGUGACAGAAAACUUGGAAUUUUCAUCCAGUUCAGCAAUGGAAACAGAGAAUGUUCCUGCUGUGGUGAAGCCAAAAGGCCGGGGUGGUUCAAAGAAGGCUGAAAAGGAUGACAGUGACGAUGAUGAGGACAUUGAUAUUCCUGGUCUAAGGGCGCGACUUGCCAAGCAUAACAUUGAUUCGUCUCCCGAUAAUUCAGAAGAUAUGGAAACUGAAGUGCCCAAAGAACCAGCUGGGAAGAAGGAACCUAGCAAAAGGGCUGCUGCUGCUACUAAGAAGAAGCCAGUAAUGUCACUUUCAGAGAUUUCUGAGAGCAUAGGUGAAAUUGACAUCAACGAUGAAGACUUGGAGGUUAUGGAGGUAGCAGCAGCUCCAGAAGCAAGAAAAAAGGGAGGAAGAAAAACCGCUGCAAAUUUAAAAGCAGCUAAGCCCCUUGCGGCGGUAAAGAAGAGAGGGCCAGCAGCAGGCAAGCAGAAGCUUUUGACAGAAAUGCUGAAGCCAGCAGCAGAAGAAGGUUCAGGGAUAUCGCCGGAGAAGAAAGUGAGGAAGAUGAGGGCUUCUCCAUUUAACAAGAAAAGUGGUUCAGUCCUAGGCAGGGUUGGCAUUGGCAAGGAGAUAGAGACAACAACUGAUAGUGAAGAAACAUUUGGUUCUGCUUCUAUGUCUGGAAACGACAGUGCAGAAGUGACUGAGGUUAUCCAACCAAGACCCAGACCUCAAAGGGCCAACCACAAGCAGACAAUAUAUGUUGUUAGUGAUUCUGAAACUGACAAUGCUACUGAUGAUUCUGAUUUUGAGGAAGAUGAAGACAAUGUUAAAAACAGGAUGCAUGUUUUUCUUCGGUUGAGGAACCCUAACUAGUAAACUUGUAACUGUCUAGAAAUGGGAUAUAUUUCAAUGGGAA